AUGUCCACUGAGCCCACCUCUCCGCCUCAACCGACGGCGCAGGUCCGCGGGAGCCUCAUCCCGGCGCUUCCAGACGACUUGGCCGUCCACUGCAUCGCGCUCCUGCCGCGCGCCGCGCACCCAUCCCUGGCUCUCGUCUCCCGCACGUUCCACGCCCUCCUGUGCCGCCACCCGGAGCCCCUCCUCGCCGCGCGCCGCGCCCUCCGCCGCUCCGAGCCCCACAUCCUCCUCUCCCUCCGCCCACCCUCCUCUGCGUCCCCUCUCUUCUUCCUCCUGCUCCCGCACCCCGGGUGGCCCCCUCUCCCGCUCCCCUCCCCUCCGAUCCCCGUCUCGUCCUCCGCGUCCGCCGCCACCGACGGGAACCGGCUCUUCCUCGUCGGCGGAUCCGUAUCCGCGGUCCCCGCUGCGUCCGUGCAGAUACUGGAUCCUCGUGCCAGAUCCUGGUCCGUCGGCCCGCGCCUGUCCUCUACGCGGGAGUUCGCCGCGGCCGUUGCACACUCCGGGGCGCUGUUCGUCGCCGGCGGCUGCGUCCCCUCGUCCCCCUUUUGGGCCGAGGCUCUCGACCUCUCCACCCCGCACGCCAAGUGGAGAGCUGUCGCCAGCCCGGCCCACCUCCGCGAGAAGUGGAUGCACGGCUGCGCGUCGCUCGCCGGGAAGGUCCUUGCGGUGGCGGACCGUGGCGGCUUGGCAUACGAUCCUGCGGCGCCACCUGCGGAGGCGUGGGCGCUGGUGUCGCCGGUGCUUGACAUGGGAUGGAAGGGCCGAGCUGCGGUGGUUGAAGGAAUCCUCUACUCUUACGAUUACCUGGGGCAGGUCAAGGGCUAUGAUCCGGACACUGAUUCGUGGAGCACAGUGGAGGGGUUGGAGAGGGAGCUACCAAAGUUCUUGUGCGGCGCCACACUUGCCAAUGUUGGAGGACUGCUCUACUUGGUUUGGGAAGGGAAGUGGAAAGGGAAAGGGAAAGGUAAGAUGGAAGUGAGGAGCAUGGUGGUGACUGAAUGGGCCAGCAUUCAGAUUACAAGGGUUGAUAAGGGACGGCUAAGAGGAAAGGUGGUCUCUCAGGACACUGUUCUGUUCCCGGAUGUGCCAAGAGGUUCAACGAUCACACAUUGCAUUGCAUUGGAGUUAGUCAUUGAUGAACGACCUGUCUUCCUCAGCAUUGUUUAUACUAUUAUUUUGUCCGCAUUUUAUGCUGGAUUUCAUAAAGUUGAUCCAGAUAGAUGGGAAUGGGCUCAUGAAGGUUUUGUCAAGGGCCAAAAACAUCUUCUGAAGACCAUCAAGAGAAAGAAGAAAUCAUCUCAGGAUGCACAUAGUGAUCUGCAGCCAGCCCCUGGCAAAACUGCACCUGGCACUGAGUGA